GACUGCUAGCAGGCGUCGUUCCCCCAAAUCGAAUCCAAUCUCUAGCGAAUCCCGGCACGAUGGAGCGGAUCGACGCCCUGGAGCCCGGCGUCGGCAUGCUCGCCGACUAUCCCUUCGUGAGGCGGCUCCGGAACCGGCGGCUCAUCGUCUACCUCUACCUCCAGGGCUUCGAGUCCGCCUACGAUCGGAUAGUCCACGAGACGGAUUUGUACAUGAGCCGCCGGCGUCUGAAGCAGCUGGUGGCAUGCGGCCAGUGGACCAAGGCCCUCGGCUACAUCCGCCGCUUCGUACCGCCGGCCAUCGGGGGCGUCGAGGCCCGCACCCUCUACAUCUUCCUCGACACCUUCUGGGCCGUGGAGAACGCCGCCGCCGCGUGCUCAGCGGGCGCCCCCGUCGCGACCGCGGUGUACAAGCACGACGUCGGCAUACUGACGACCAUGUGCGCUGGCAACACCAAACUCUCUUCCAUCCUCCACAAGAUACACCACUCGCCGCAGUUCAGGGCGUCCCUGGACUGGAAAAUGGUGAGAGAGAAGGCAUCGUUGGUCGCCGAUGACUUGGUGAAUCACUCCCCAGAGUUGAGGCGCAGGUCGCUGCUGCCGAAUGGCCCACGGAGUCCGCAUGACUUGCUUCCCAUCGGUCCCCGUCGUCCAAGGCGCCAAAGGAGGGAAACAUCCUGGCGGCCAACAACAUCUGCUAUUGUCAAAUCCUAUCUCAACAGGAAGAGGAGCCUGCCUUCUUCUAGCCCAGUUUUUGGUCUGAACUCUGAGGGACGGAACCGGGUGGUGGAUCUUAUCGAGGAUUGUAUAAAAGAUGGUAGACUUCCUGAGCUCCAUCAAGGGCACCUACUUCAGUCAAGUGCAAUGGAAGGUGCUUUUAUUACUCCAUUCUCACAGACCAUGCUUGGUACUACAGGCCCUGCUAAAAACAUUGAGACUUCAUCCGUGAUUAAUGCAGGCAAUCCAACUUGCACGGGUCUGCCUAAUUAUCUUUGUUGGUACCCACCAGUUGCAAAUUCAGGUAUUCAAGUGUCACGGCCUGCUGAAACCUCUGGGUUCACGUCUGCCACAAAUGCAGGAGUUGCGGACUGAAACUGAAGCUGGAUCUUGCAGCGCAAACUGAUGUGGCCUAAUUGAGUGGGCCUUACUCGAUGUGCUCCUUCAAGUUGCUUGGUUGCAAUGGUGUUGGAAGGACACUAUUUAGUUGGUUGUGUUUCCAUUCGAGCUAUGUUCUAUCAACUUGAGACUUUACCUACUCUUGGUAGUGUCAUGUUAGCAUCAAUCAUGCGACAUUGGACUCUUUGUUAGUGCUUGGUGGCAUGUGGCAUGUAAGUUGUAUAGUGAAUCAGACCUAAAACUCCAUCAUGGUAAGUUGCAACAUAUGGGUUUUUGCGGCAGUAA